AGCCGCUGCUCAGUCCUCUAGACUAUGGGACAAUUAUUGAAGAGCUUCUCUUUUGUGUCGGCCCCAUAAUAAGGUGUUUUCAGGAUCAGGUCAUCAUGCCAGAAGGGAAGGAGGAGAUAUGCGAGGGCUGCACUGUGGUUAUUCAGAAGGGCACUUACCUUAAGACAUGCCGUGUCUUACGGGGCAGGACCUAUGCAUUUGGUAAACGAGGUGGUGGUCAAUUUACUUUAAAUAUUGAAGGUGCUCUUGGCUGCCUAUUUGGGUCUUCCUUCAAAAUGGAGAGGACAUCAAACAAACUGUUCAAGAUUCAAAAGACAGAAGACUUUAGUAGCUCUCUUGAUAUUGUGAUGGAGGGAGGGGAGGACAACCGUGACCUACGAGAUGAUGGCCGGUCCCAAAAGUUAACACCGGAGGAAAUUAUCCAGCUUAAAGAUUCAGGGUUGACAGGAAAAGAGGUCAUUCAGACAAUCACAGAAAGUAGUACAACAUUCAAAGAUAAAACAGUAUAUUCCCAAGAAAAGUAUGUAAAAAAGAAACAAAAGAAAUAUGAUGAAAUCAUCGUCAUACACAGACCAUCUAUACGACUGCUGUGUAAUAUGUAUUACACUCAAGAUCCACUUAAAAUAUCGUAAGUAUUGGCUCGGCAUUUUAUCACCCCAGCAUGCUACAGUAUUAGGAAUGAUUAUAAGCACAUGGCAUUUCUAUCUUUUAUGAGUCUUCAAGUUUAAUUGUGCAGGAUUUUAAUGAUGACCCCAACAAGUUACAUGUUGCUGCAGUGUUCGUUUUUAAACUGCAAAGGAAAACAUAUUGUACAUCCAGUAGACCUUCGGUAUUUGUGGGGGUUAUGUUUUUAAAAAACUCUCACAAAUGCAGAAUUUAUGAAUUUAAAAACUUGGAUCUACAGUAUAGGAAAAAGGGUUCUACUGAACGUAGGGAGGAAUGGUAAAUGUUUAAGAAUACUGCAAUGACCAAUACAUUACAUUACCUAUAAAUAAAAAUAAAUUACAAAGAAUUAUUUGUAACUUGCCUUUAACAAUGAUG